UCAAUAUAGUCUCUCUUGGAACUGCGCUGAGAACGCGCGCGUAAACAAUCGAGAUUUGAACACGAAUCGAAAUAAUCGAACACGAAAAAAAAAAUAGCGAACACUCUAACCUAUAACAAUAAACUCUGUGAUAAAGUGAACCAACUUCAAACUUAGAAUCGAUUUGGAAUUAAAAAAUCGAUUGUUACCAGUGCAGUUGACAUUUCGUAUAUAUAUUUUUAGAUAAUUACUAGGAAAAGGUGAAGCCGAGUGAAUGUGGUUCCAUCGUAAUCGGCAUUGUAUCGAUGAUUAAAUAGUGGGAAUUAUUUUUUCGAUGCAAUUGUUCGAUUGACAAUUUCCUCUUGUAAUUAGUCGUUAUCGAUUGUUUCUCGAUAAGUGAGUAAUGUUAGUUUGAGGUACUGUGUGUGUGCAUCAUGGCUUGUAAUCGUAUUUUGUUGGUGUGUGCUUCCUUGCUCUGUUUGCAGUUUGCUGAAGUCAAUGCACAGGAUGACCUAAAACCCAGAGUACCGCUGACGAGGUUCACAUGUCUAGGCCGAGGCGCAGGGUACUAUGCUGAUGUGGAUACUGGCUGCCAGGUAUACCACAUGUGUGACGGGCUGGGUCGCCAGUUCAGCUACAAGUGCCCGAACAUGACGCUGUUCCAGCAACGCAUGCUGAUCUGCGACCACUGGUACAUGGUCAACUGCUCCAUGUCCGAGAGAGACUAUAAUGCGAACCUGCUUAUUGGUCAACGCGACAAGCCAUUCGUGUCAGAUGAGGAGAUGCGCCUGCGCACCCCCCGACCGGACAUCCUGUCAGCACCGCCAUACAACCCCUACUAUGACAUCUUGAGGGAGGCUGAGACUAAGUUCCCGGUUCACCCGAGCAACAGCAUCGUGGGUGUAGCUGACACCAUCUCUGACAUCGAUAACAAUGACCUGGACAGUGGCAAGCAGAACUACAGGCCUCCGAGCUCCUGGUCUACUGGACGCAAGUUCCGCAACAAGCCCAGGGCAAACACCCUCAGCAUCUCCAACAGACAUACUGAUACCCUCGAUGAAGCUGCUUCACAGGAACCCGACGCAGAGUACAGGCCAACACCCAGCAGUAACUUCACACAAAACCACCCAGUACCAUCCGUCACCCCACCCUCCAUCGAACUGAUCCCACCUGCAGCCCCGACAAAGGAAACCACAGCAGAAGAUUCCAAUGUACAACCGACAGCAGAUUCCGUGUUCCAGUUCAUCAAACGAUUCGACCCCACAUCUCCUGAUGUACAACACCAAACCGCGAUGUCGAAAUCCGAGAUACUAGACUUGAACAAACAACUGCCCGAUGGACCAGCUACCUCAGAAGAAGAAAGAACUCCAAGAAAAAAUAAGAACUUCGGCAACAAUUUGAAUACCUUCCAAACGGAAAACGAUAAGUCAUUCUCUGAAAGUCCAAAAUUCGACUCGGUCAAUGUUAAGCCUACUAUAGCCCCUGAAGCAGAAGCACCUAAAAGUGAAAACAACAAUGGUAUUCUAGAACCUGAGAGAGAACUCCAGCCUCCAAAGGUUGACCCUCCGACGCUUCCAUCAACAACCGUAGGCCCACCGAUCUACUACGAAUGGAAAUGGGCGGUCCCUGCCUUCGAUCUGGUACCUCCUAAAGAAGACAACAGGACCAACACCAACAACACUGUAAAUGUACAGCAGACGAGGUCCAUCCAACAGGGAAAGAGUCCGUUCAGCAGCGUGACGAGACCUGAGCCAAAGACGACGACUCCUGAACCAAGUAAUACGGAGUACAACAUCAGUUCAUACUUUGUUCCUGACUACGUGUUUCCUUUAGAUAAGCCGCACCCAGGGUACGAGAGUGAUGAUGCUGAGACAUCCUUCCAAGUGAAGGUGGCGAGGCCGGGGAGAAUGAGCUAUGGGGAGAACCCCAAAUGUCCCCAUUGCCACCCUGCGUACCUCAAAGAAGGAACUUGCGAACCUUGCAUCGUGAAGCGGUAACAAAUUGAACAUAGUCGUAAUUUUAAGUCCGUUACAAUUACAUUGUCACCGAAGAAAUAUAGAUAAUAUAAUUAAUCACGUUGCUCUUGUAUUGUUGUGUCGUUGUCUGCAAUAUGGAUGAAGUCUUUCUGCCACACUCAGAGACAUUUAAUGAUUACUCAAACUAUUCCUUAAUAACGUUUUUUAUCGAAAAUAAUUCUUAAGGACUGGGUUAAGUAACCAUUAAAUGACUCUGAGUUUGGCGGUUUGUAAUAUUUUUAUUUCUUCAUACAGUUAAGUAAGUUAUUAACGCUGUUAUUAUUUUAGUUUUAAAAGCCAUACUGUAUUGUAAUAUUUGAUGCCUUGCACGAUGACUGUGUUCGUGUGACCUAGCGGCGAAAGCAUCACAAUUUAUUCCAGUGUUUAUGUAUCAACUCAAUUUAUAUGAAACCUAAAUAUAAAAUCACAGUAACUUUGUCGAAGAUACCUAAGUACUGAAUUAAAUACGUAACUAGAUUAGAUAUCCACUAUUACUUAUGUAGGGAAUACAAUAUCGUUUUUUUUUUUAAAACUAUCGUGAGACAUUCUAAAUUAACUAAAAUCACGAUUUACCUACGCACUACAGAGGGACUCUUCAGCUUCGAGUCACAGAGGGACUCAGAGAAACGCGGCCACGUCGUACAGCCUAAUGGCUACGUACUACUGUAGACUGUACAACGUCGCCGCGUCUCUCAGAGUCCCUCUGUGACUCGAAACUAGUAGAGCUUUCCUCCAUUAAUUUAAGCGAGUAAACCGUGAUUUUUUGUUAAUAUAGUUUUUUUGUUUGAUUUCAUAACAUUCUAUGUGUAGUGUUUAAAUAUCUAGGUACUUUAAACAUUUACCCAGACAUGUUAACCUAAUUCAAAAGCGCAAAAAACUGAAAAAUACUUAUGUACCUUCAGAUUCUUAAUGCUUACCUACCUAUCUCAUACAUGUUCAUUAGCGCCGUAAUUAAAAAUGUUGUAUUUACCUCUAUAAUGUUACCGUACCUACCUACUGAAUACUGAAAUCUGUAUAAACUAGUACAUACAUGUAUAAAUAACAAGUUAAUUAAGAUUAAUUAUAGUCUAGUUAUUAUUUAUAUUUUUAUACAUGUGCCUAUACAUACCUAAAUAAGUUAGUUUUGUAUUAAUAAAAGUAAAAUUAAUUUAAAUUAAAA